UGAUGCCACGGAAGCCUCUCUAGAAAUCAUAAAGCGUCGAAAAUUUGCGUGCACGUCUUGUCGCGACGGGAUCAUAUGUACCAUUCCAAUUUCUCCUUACAGUAACAACAAGCGCAAUCCAGGUUCCUCACCCUCUGCCAUCACACUCUCGCUCACUGCCUCCUCUCGCAUUUGAGAAUUCGCUUACAAACACGAACCUAAUUCUUUAUGCUCCCCGGAAAGUGUUAACGAUGCUUUACCACCCAUUGCUCUGCUGUUCCAGAGCUGCAAUUCAGUGUGCACCUUUCGCUUCAGUUUCUUCCACUGGCGACCGCGGUGGGCCAAGUUCAUCGGCAGGAAAUUAUUCUGGGCGUGCGGUGGGGUUGAACUUUGGCAAGCAAGCAUCGGGAAGGAAGUCAAACACCGGGCAUAGAAUUCUUAGUAUGACAACGGACCGGGCCAAGGAUAGUACAAGUAAUGUUUACGGUCGUCAUGCUCAGGAAGGUGUACUUGAGGAAGAGGCUUCUCAAGUGCCAAAGACCAGACCAUCAUGGAAGAUUUUCCCUGGCCAAGCAUAUCCAUUGGGUGUAUCAGAAGUUGAAAAUGGGAUAAAUUUUUCUAUUUUUUCGCAGCAUGCCACUGCUGUAACACUUUGCUUAGUCCUUCCUGAAAAUGAAAGGGGAAGUAGUGCCACACUGGAUGGUGGCAUGGAAGAACUGGCUUUGGAUCCCCAUUUGAACAAAACGGGGGACAUUUGGCACAUAUGUAUUGAGGAUCUUCCACGGAGCAAUGUUCUUUACGGUUAUCGUGUAGAUGGUCCUCAAGACUGGGGGAAAGGGCAUCGAUUUGACAACAGCAUUGUGCUUGUUGAUCCUUAUGCAAAGCUAAUUGACGGUCGGCGAUAUUUUGGGGAUACUAGCAUGAAGUUGUCUAAAUUUCUUGGCACAUAUAAUUUUGACAGCUUGCCUUUUGAUUGGGGAGAAAACUACAGGCUUCCAAAUAUUCCUGAGAAAGAUCUUGUUAUAUAUGAAAUGAAUGUUCGUGCGUUUACAAUUGAUGAAUCUAGUGAGUUGGAUCUUGACAGUCGUGGCAGCUAUCUUGGUGUUAUUGAGAAGAUCCCACACCUUCUGGAGCUUGGCAUCAAUGCAGUGGAGUUGCUCCCUGUCUUCGAAUUUGAUGAGUUAGAAUUUCAGAAGCGUCCAAACCGGAGAGAUCACAUGAUCAAUACAUGGGGUUAUUCAACAAUAAAUUUUUUUGCUCCAAUGAGUCGCUAUGCUAGUGCUGGUGGAGGACCAGUUAAAGCUUCCUGGGAGUUCAAGCAAAUGGUUAAAGCUUUACAUUCUGCUGGCAUAGAGGUUAUUUUGGAUGUCGUCUACAAUCACACUAAUGAGGCUGAUGAUGCAAACCCAUAUACAACCUCAUUCCGUGGAAUAGAUAAUAAGGUUUAUUACAUGCUGGACAAUGAUGGACAAUUGCUGAACUUCUCAGGAUGUGGAAAUUCAUUGAACUGUAAUCAUCCUGUGGUUAUGGAAUUCAUUCUUGACAGCCUUAGACACUGGGUCACUGAAUAUCAUGUAGAUGGGUUUCGGUUUGACCUUGCUAGUGUCCUUUGUCGAGGAAUUGAUGGUUCCCCCCUUAACGCUCCCCCACUUAUCAAGGCAAUUGCCAAAGAUGCAAUUUUAUCAAGAUGCAAAAUUAUUUCAGAACCUUGGGACUGUGGAGGUCUCUAUCUUGUUGGAAGUUUCCCAAAUUGGGAUCGGUGGGCUGAAUGGAAUGGGAAAUAUCGUGAUGACAUACGCAGAUUUAUCAAGGGUGACUCUGGUAUGAAGGGGAGCUUUGCAACUCGUGUUGCUGGAUCUUCUGACCUUUACAAAGUGAACAAACGCAAGCCUUAUCAUAGUAUUAACUUUGUUACUGCUCAUGACGGUUUCACCUUGCAUGAUCUUGUUUCAUACAAUUUCAAGCACAAUGAAGCCAAUGGGGAAGGUGGAAAUGAUGGAAGCAAUGAUAAUUUUAGCUGGAACUGUGGUUUUGAAGGGGAAACUGACAAUGCUACUACAAAGGCUUUACGAUCACGGCAAAUGAAAAAUUUCCAUUUGGCAUUAAUGAUAUCUCAGGGUACACCAAUGAUGCUAAUGGGAGAUGAGUAUGGCCAUACUCGUUAUGGAAAUAAUAAUUCCUAUGGGCAUGAUACUGCUAUUAACCAUUUCCUCUGGAGACAGUUGAAAGCACGGAAGAGUGAUCACUUCAGGUUUUUCUCAGAGACGAUAAAAUUCCGGCGUGGGCAUAGUGUAUUCAAUCAUGAAAAUUUUCUUGGCAAGAAUGAUGUAACAUGGCAUGAAGACAAAUGGCACGAUUCUGGCAGCAAGUUUCUUGCAUUUACGCUUCAUGACAAAGGUGGCGGAGACAUCUAUCUGGCAUUUAAUGCACAUGACUUUUUUGUUAAAGCCAUGUUGCCCCCAGCUCCAGCAAAGAGGAGUUGGUUUCGUGUGGUGGACACUAAUCUCAAAUCUCCGGAUGACUUUGUCCUCGAUGGUGUCCCUGGCUUAGGAAACAGCUACAAUGUAGCUCCAUACUCCUCCAUUCUUCUUGAAGCCAAGUCUUGAUUGCUCAGUCUUUUCAACCGCAUGAAUACCGGAAAGCAGCUUUAGAUAUACCAAGCAGAAGAAAACUAUAUGCGUGCAAAACCUAUAUCGCCCUUUUGAGGGGAUUAAUGUCUGAUCGUUCCAAGAAUCCAACAGGACAACUUGGAUGUAACUGGUGCAGAAAUAGGCGUGACUGAGCACGGUUGAUUUUAGCAUACUAUAACAGAGGCAUUUGGACAUGUAUAUAAUAUGAAUUUGAGUUCAUAAUUAAUUAAUUUUAGGAUGUAAUAAGAAUGUUUGGAUAUAUUUUUAUAGAACUAUGGAUUUAAUGGAUUUUCAA